CUACGAGUCAUUCAGUAUAGUACUCUACGAGUCAUUCAGUAUAGUACUAUAGUACAUUAUUCACUAUAUAACACUAUAUAUCACACUAUACACUACAUUACUCUACGAGUCAUUCAGUAUAGUACAUUAUUCACUAUAUAA